UUAAAAUUGUCUACAAUGUGACCAAUGUGCCCUUUUAUUUCCAAAUUUGAUAUUAAAACUACUAGAAAGGGAUGGUUACUGAACACGAGAAGGAUAACUUGAUAUAUGAAGAAAUAUCUAUAUCACAUUAUGCUGAUAUGUUACAUGAUUGUGAUCGAAAUACUAAAUACUAUAAAGCUCUUAACCUAGCUGUCAAAUAUUUGAGAGAAAGAAAGAAAAAGGUGAAUGUAGUAGAUAUUGGCUCUGGGACUGGGUUACUAUCAAUGAUUGCUGCUUAUUUAAAUUCAGAUUGUGUAAUUACAUUUGAGGUUCUUAAACCCAUGGCUAAAUGUGCACAAAAUAUAAUUGAUAUUAAUAAGUAUUCUGAAAAAAUAUCAUUAUUCAAUGAACAUUCAAUAAAAUAUGAUAAAUUCAGUUUUCCAAUAAUUAGUAAAAAUAUUUUUCCAAAUAUUGUGGUCAGUGAAAUAUUCGAUUCAGAAUUAAUUGGUGAAGGCAUUAUUCCUACUAUUAAUCAUGCGAUUAAACAUCUAAUUAAUAAAAAUAGUGCACUUUCUUCACAGAUCACUGAAACAAUUAUGAUACCAUCGUCUGCAGUUAUACAUGGAUUAUUAUUGCAAUCCCACAAUUUGUCCUCCUUUAAUAAAUUAUCAAUUAAAAAUAUCAAAUUUCCAGAUCAAUUUGUUAACUGUAGUGGAAUUAAUUGUGUACCUUUGCAAAUUCAAAUGGCUAAAUUAAUUCAAGGAGAAGAUUACAAUGUUAUUACUCAGCCCCUCAAAUUAUUUAAAUUCGAUUUUAAUCGCCAAUUACCAAACAACGAAGUGAAUUACAUUGACAUGCAACUCAUUGAAUCUGGCACGUGCGAUUGUUUAUUAGUAUGGUGGGAAUUAGAUCUGCUACCGGAUCAUAUCUUAUCAGAUAAAACAAAUGAUUAUUCAAAUUUGUUGGUCAAAAGAAUGUGUAACGUGAUAAAUACAGGACCACCUCAAAUUGGAGAUAAAUUAAAUCAGCAUUACCAUUGGAGAGAUCAUUGGCUGCAAGUCUUGUAUUUCUUCGCCAAUCCGAAAACUCUGCGAGGAACUAAGGGACAGCGAUUGACACUCGCCUGUCACAGGGAUCAAUACAGUAUGUGGUUCGAUAUCCUCGACAGCGGCGAACCAAUGUUGGAAGGAGUGGACUCCCGCGUCGCGAAUUCUUAUGACACGUGCUGUAAUUGCUAUUUCCAUUUGGCUUAUAAUAGGCGCCGGAUGGCUUACCUGAACGAAGCGAAUUCCAAUUUUUACAAACUCGUCGAUUACUUGAAGCGAAUGAAAUUUGACGAGAACGCCACCUUCAUCGUCAUAUCGGACGGAUCCUUAUUGCCUAUAUACCUUGCUCACUUCUACCCCGGAUCGAAAUCAUACGUUAUGGAUGGUGGGAGAAACCAAUUUUGUACGAAAGCAUUUAAGGAUUUGAUUUCGUGCAAUGGAUUGAAGGACAGGAUUACCGUGCUGACCAAGGAUCCUGCCCAACUUGCUCGCGAGGAUUUCGGGGAAGACCUAACUAAAAUCGAUGCCAUCUUGGGAGAACCGUACUUCGUUUCGUCUUUGUUCCCUUGGGACGACCUCUAUUUCUAUUAUUGCCUCUUGGAGCUGAUCUAUCAACCUUCCCUGCGUUCCCUCUUUAAUUUUGACCACGAAUGUCGCCAUAAAACUAUCGUAUUCCCUCUUUCGGCCAAACUCAAAGCCGUGGCCGUUAACUUCAAGGAGCUCUGGAAAACCAAGGCCCCCGUUUAUCCUCACCAACUUUUUUCGAAAGACGACGAUGAAAUGGCGGUUGAUGACGACAGCGAUGUUAAAGCGGAUACGGAUCAAUACAAACCGUUUCCGAAAUUCGAUAUGUCACCCUUCAACGAAAUGAUGAAAAUGGCGUCCAUCAUCAAGAAUUACCCGUCUCGUAAAUCCGAAAUCGAAAAAAUGGACACCGUUACGCUCAUGAAUACCAGAACGUUCACUAUGGACUCCAAUAACUUAUGGGAAUACGAAUUCGACGCGGUUUCGUCCGCGUACGACGUCUUUUCUUUCGACGCGAACACUGUCGAAGAGGGCACGGAAACCGGCAGAAAAGGCGACAAGAUGAGGAAUGCCUUGACUUUCAAAAUCGGGGAGGGCCAAAGCGUGAAUGGCGUCAUACUCUAUAUGAACUAUUAUGGUAUCUCCGACACGACCCCGCAACCGGAUACGCGUCUCGUUAUAGACAACGGCUUCGCCGUUAAAGGGGAUUCUCACAACCGCAGCAACCCCGUAAAGUGGAAGAGUAAACACGUGAGGCAGGGUUACGCCCUCUUGAAUCCGCCUUACCUAGCGGACGCUAUCAAAAAGGAUGAUUUAAAGAUUGAACUCAAAUUUACUUUCGAUUUUAAUUCCGGCGAAUUGUGCAUCGGGGAAUGAUGAGUCUUAAAGAAAAAGAUGCAUUUUUUUUUGUUUAUUAAAUCCAUGUUUUUUUUUAAUGCCAAAAAAAAAAUUGAAAUUAAUUCGCUA